AUGGUCUCUCCCGAUUUCCUUUCCCGCGUAACCUCUGCCGUCUCCGUCGAGAUUUACGCCGUCGGUAUCUUCCGAGACAAGCUCGUCGGAACCGUUCGUAUACUCAUCAGCAGUCUCCACCCGACGGCUUCGUCGGCGCCGGCUUUCGCCGCGUUCUUAAUCCACAGCCCUUCCGGCGAAUUCUUCGGAUCCUUAAACGUCGGCGCAAUGGUCGUUAACGGAUUAACUGGUUUUAGAACGCUGAUCAAAGCAUCCACAGUCGAUUACCAUGAUCUAGGCGGCGGAGACAAUCUCGCUGGAAAACAGCUUAUAAUCCGAUCGACGAACAUAUCGAAAGCUACGGUUCGAGACAUCCCGGGAUCGAUCCCCAGUGAUUCAUCAGUUCAUCGAUCGGAACCUAGCGAGUCCAUAAUUUCGCCAUCAUUGAAAGCUUUGAAACUCGAGAAGAAGAAGAAACUAGCUAUCAACCUCGGGAAAGCAACAAUCUGGAAAUACACCAUGAAAUUACUGAGAUGA